AUGAAGGAACCGGAUGCCAUCAAGCUGUUUGUGGGGCAGAUACCGAGGCAUCUGGAGGAAAAGGACCUGAAACCCAUCUUCGAACAGUUUGGUCGGAUCUUCGAGCUGACUGUCAUCAAGGACAAGUACACCGGGCUGCACAAGGGAUGUGCCUUCCUGACAUACUGUGCCCGCGAUUCAGCCCUGAAGGCCCAGAGCGCCCUGCACGAACAGAAGACGCUUCCAGGGAUGAACAGGCCGAUCCAGGUCAAGCCAGCCGACAGCGAGAGCCGAGGAGAAGACCGGAAGCUCUUUGUGGGGAUGCUAGGGAAGCAGCAGACAGAUGAGGACGUCCGGAAGAUGUUCGAGCCUUUCGGGACCAUAGACGAGUGCACUGUGCUCCGGGGCCCAGAUGGCACCAGCAAAGGCUGCGCCUUCGUGAAGUUCCAGACUCACGCCGAGGCCCAGGCCGCCAUCAACACCCUUCACAGCAGCCGGACCCUGCCGGGUGCCUCGUCCAGCCUGGUGGUGAAGUUUGCUGACACGGAGAAGGAGCGAGGUCUCCGCCGAAUGCAGCAGGUGGCCACCCAGCUGGGCAUGUUCAGCCCCAUCGCCCUCCAGUUCGGAGCCUACAGCGCCUACACCCAGGCCCUGAUGCAGCAGCAGGCGGCCCUGGUAGCGGCUCACAGUGCCUACCUCAGCCCCAUGGCCACCAUGGCUGCUGUGCAGAUGCAGCACAUGGCCGCCAUCAAUGCCAAUGGCCUCAUCGCCACCCCCAUCACCCCAUCCUCAGGAACCAGCACCCCUCCUGCCAUCGCUGCCACGCCCGUCUCUGCAAUCCCUGCUGCCCUGGGCGUCAACGGCUACAGCCCGGUGCCCACCCAGCCCACUGGGCAGCCUGCCCCUGAUGCUCUGUAUCCCAACGGGGUUCACCCCUACCCAGCCCAGAGCCCUGCGGCCCCCGUGGACCCCCUGCAGCAGGCCUACGCGGGGAUGCAGCACUAUACAGCAGCAUACCCGGCAGCCUACAGCCUGGUGGCGCCCGCGUUCCCACAGCCUCCCGCCCUGGUGGCCCAGCAGCCUCCGCCUCCCCCCCAGCAGCAGCAGCAGCAGCAGCAGCAGCAGCAGCAGCAGCAGCAACGGGAAGGCCCUGAUGGCUGCAACAUCUUCAUCUACCACCUGCCCCAGGAGUUCACUGACUCAGAGAUCCUCCAGAUGUUUGUCCCCUUUGGCCACGUCAUCUCAGCCAAAGUCUUUGUUGACCGGGCCACCAAUCAGAGCAAGUGUUUUGGCUUUGUGAGUUUCGACAAUCCGGCCAGUGCCCAGGCUGCCAUCCAGGCCAUGAACGGUUUCCAGAUUGGCAUGAAGCGCCUCAAAGUCCAGCUAAAGCGGCCUAAGGAUGCCAACCGGCCCUACUGAGGGCCCCAGGCCUGGAGACACCAGAGGAAGGGGCGCCUCACCCCCUCGCCCCACGACUGGCCCCAGCCCUCUCUGCACAUCCGCCCUGGGCCUUGAUUGGGCUCUGGGGCAAACGCUGCU